CUUGCGGCGUGUGACUGGCCACACGUCAGACUUGCGGUUAAAAAUAUUCGUAGACAGGUCGAUGACGUUGAACCUAUAACACAAUAAAUAAAAACACAAAAAUAAAUACAAUCUGACACCGAAAUGGAUAUAAACGAGUCAUUAAUCAAAGAAGAGUUCGGUAACAUUUUUUCGAGUCUACAAAAGUUGCUGCCCAAGAAGAAGGAAAUAACGUUUGUCGUACCUGACAGGCCCACGUUGACUAGACUUAGUGAUGUGCAUGCUGAAGCGAAGAGUGUGUUCCCGAAGUGCUUCGUUGGAGCUAAUAUGGUUAUCGUCAGGGACAUAAUGGACAAAGUCAAGUUAGUUCAAAGUUACAAUUUUAAUAAAACAACUGAGUCGUACAAGUGUUAUUCACGCCUCAUACACAAGGAAAUGGAUGCAAAAAAUGUGGAAGAUGGACUUUUAAUCGAUUCAAAAGGUUCUGCAGUCGCUACUUACAAAACGAAAAUAGACGAUAACGAAAUGAGGCUUACGUCGAAAAUUAAAGACUUAGUCUCAUCAGAGACUGAAUUAGUUUUCGAAAAUACUGGUGAAAAAUCAGUCUGUUCUUUAGCGUGUACUAUAAAAGAUGUCGAUCCGAAUAAUUUAAAGUUAGUUACUCAGUGGAUGUACAAAGUUAUGCCGGAACUAAGUGUUGGAUGUGAGGUCGGUUUAAAAACUUAUCCGCUGUCUCCUGAAUUUUCAUUCAGCUCGAGGUACGAGCGACCGUCCUUUACCCUGUCCUCCACUAUCAGCAGAAUCGGUUUCCAAGUGUGUCUUUUCAAACAGUUCUCACCAGAUUUGCGGAUAUCGACGAUAUUGAAUGAUAAUAGCAGGAGCCCAGCUACUAUCGGUCUAGCUCUUCACAAGAAGUACGAAAAUGGAUCAGAAUUGAAAAUUUUCGUUGACUCGCAGUGUUGUGGCGGUUUUACGUAUCAGACAGAUGUAUUGUUUCACGAGCCACAUAACGAGGUACGAAUAAUGCAAUUGAUGGCCAGCACUCUCAUCGACAGACAGAGACGGGUCCGGUUCGGUUUUGGUUUUAACCUAGAUUUCUGAACUACAACGUUGAAUCAAACUCAAUCAAUCACACGUUCACAAUGAAUCAUAAAUUUUUGAUAUUUUCACAUUUUUGUAGUAUUAUUUGUUUGUAUAUAAGUAUACAUAGGUUUUAAUUAUUGUUUUACCUUGUUUAUGUUUGUGUUAUUUCGUUUAGAAAUGUGAUUAAAAUUAAUGAUUCCUACGUCCGA